AUGGCACCAAUUGCACCGCCAUCGCCGCCAUCACCAGAGAUGAUUUCUCCUCCAGAAGGGGUUUCUUCAGUUUUUGUCUUCGAUUUCGUUCUGCAUUUGGCUCUAAUGGCAGAGAGUCGCUGCUGGUUGCGCAAGUUACUGCUGGUUGCCGCUGUCGCCGAAGCUGGUGCCGCUGUUGCCGUGAUCUCCGGCGGUCGUUCGGAAGAAAUGGAUAGUAAGUUAAUUCCCGAAAUAUAUUAUACGUAUUUGUCUAAGAUAUACGUAUACCGUACAUAUACGCGUAGUUUUCUCGACAAAAUCCCUGAAUCUCGAAGCCCUGUCAUUAUCAUUCUCCACAGUUCCUUCACAUUUCCUCAACGGAUCGCAAAGCUCUCUCUCUCUCCCCGGCGAACUUUUCGGGAAGCGGCAAAUGGCGGCUGGAAAUUGUCGGCAAAGAUGAAGAUUUCCGGCAUAACUGAUCUUCCUGCGUUGCUCUCCUCAAAAACCCUAAAUCCAAACUCGCCGGAUUUGAACAUUUUACACAGAAGGAGCAAUCGAAGGCCUCAGGCUCCAAGGAGGAAGAUCAGGAACCGUUGUUUCUCUGGUUCUGGUGGAGUUCGGUUGAAGAAGGAUAUAACUCCAGUUGGAAAGAGGAGCGGACAUGCAACUCCACUCUUGCAGUGGAAGUUCGAAGAUGCAAAUUUAUCUGUUCGAAAUGAUAGGGCACCGGAGCCGGCGCGAAAAGGUUGCCAAAAAAUGAGGAAUGUGGAAAAGACUCUGGUUUCGGCCAGGAAGCUUGCUGCCGCUUUGUGGCAGUUGCAGCUGCCGGAGGUCACCGGCGGUGCAGGCGAUGGCCGAGGACAGCAGACGAAGUCGUCUGGACGACUUGGGCUUGAGCCUCGUGUUAGCCAUAUGGGAGUCCCGCUUCUCCCUGUAAUCAACAGCAGAGAAUAUGGUGCAGAAGCAAAGGAUUUGUUAGAGAGUCCACAUGUUGUCUCUCACCCGAAGAAUGGAGUUCUGUAUAAG